CCCCUUUCACCACCACCACAACCAUUCCCUACCUUUCUUCACCUCGAUACAGGGAGGGAAAAGGGGAAAACAUCACCACAAUGCCAAAAGCACCCUCCACCCGCCGAAAUCUCACCACUAACCAACCCUCUCGCAAACCUCCCACUUCCAGCAAACCCCCUCCUCGUCCCAAAAAGACCACAAUCUACAACCCGAACAAACACUCCCUCGCCUCCCUCCCCUACCACAUCCUAACCACAAUCCUUCACUACGCUGCUUCAACCCCCAACUCUCCAUUCCCGGAUACGACACUCCUGCUAAAAACCCUAACCCUCUGUCGCACACUCUACGAGCCGACGCUCGCAGUGCUGUACCACACCCCCCCGACGAAUACACUUCCCUGUGCCCACCGCUUGUUACGUACGCUGCGAGAGCGGGUGCAUGUCCGGCCUCUGGUUAAAGCUCUCAUAGCUGACAUAGAACCACUGCUAGUGACUCGUGCAGCGCCAUGGGGAGCCUGGGAUAUACGCGAGUUCCUAAGUCUCGCGAGCGGUGUGCGCGAGGUGGAUAUUCGCCAUGCGAGGGUAUCUAGCGUGAGGGCUGGUGCAAUGGGGAGGAGUUGGCGGUACCCGAGCGAGCUAUGGAACGUUCUUGAUCAGGCCGGAGUGCUAUUGCAUGGGUGGACGUGGCGCGGGGAAUUCAUGGAAAGGAUUGAUCUCGAUGAAUUGAAGAGGGUGCAUUCCCUCCGGCCUUUCUCGGGGCUGCGAAGGGUGGGACUGGUCGGGAUUGAGAGCAACGAUGAAGGUGCGACGGCAGGGGAUCUGUCAAGGGAGGAGGGCUGCGCGGAGGUGUUAGCAUCAUUGGGGGCGUUGAGGGAGGUGGCGUUUGAAGACUGUUCUGUCGCCAAUGAACACUUCUCCUCAGAGCUCACCACCAGAGCACCAGGGGCCAGAUUGACUAAGUUAUCGUUCACGAAUUGCCCCCGCCUCACCUCCUCAGAAGACAACCUCCCCUCCCUCCUCCAAUCCCCUCUCUGCAGCACAACCCUCACGUCCCUGACCAUCACCAACUCCCCAUCCUGCACCCUCUCCUUCACCCUCUUCCUUCCACCCACCCUCCAAACCCUCUCUUACACCGCCUCAUCAAUACCCUCCCCACUCUCCAUCCUCCCCAUCCCGCCCACCCCCACCCAGUGGCCACAAGACUUAACUUCCCUCACCUUGAACCUCAUAAAGUUCACCUCCCAAACAGCCUGCUCCGCCCUCCUCUCCUCCCUCAUAUCCGCCGCCCCGCGAUUAUCCGCCAUGCACGAUAUAGCCAUUUGGUGCAUCCUGGACAUGGAUUGGCGGGCCCGCGGUACCUUCCGAGAGACCUGGGAGCCCAGGGUUAAGUCCGCCUUUCAAAGGUGUUGGACCGGAGGCAGCGGCGGCGAGGUGAGGUUUGAUAAUUCGAGACCGGCCGAGAGGAUAUUUUCCGAGCGGGACUUUUUGGACUUUGGGAACGGAGCGGGUGGUGAAGGUGGUGGUGGGAGGAGGAAUAGAGCUAGUCGUGGCACGGGAGGGGGGAGGAGAAGUGGUGGAGUGGGGAUAUUGGGCGUUAGGAGAACGGCUGAGAGUGAUGAUGAGGAUUAUACCGAGUAA